GAGGCCUCGCGCGGCCCGGGCUUUGGCCGUGCGGCGGCCUCGGCGCGCCGGGAGGCCCGCAGAGGGCGCGGGAGGCGGCAGGAGGCCCCGCGGAGGGCUCCAGGACCAGCGCAGCCCUGUGGGCUCAAGCCGUGGUGGCCCGCGUGGCUCGGCUGCGGCUGCUUCCGCAGAAGCCGGUGCUGCUCCACACACACACACACACACACCUGCCGGACAGACGCCUUGUGCUCGCCACAGGCCCCCGUAGAGGUCCAGGCCGACGCAAUGGCGGUGGGUAGGAAGGCACCACGGGCCCUGUGCCCGAUGAUGCUGAUGGUGUUGGCACCCUGGACCCACGCCAUCGUCGUCACACACGACGCCUCGAAGGUUCAAGCCAUCACCAACGUGACUUCCACAUACAGUGGGCCUCACACGGGGCGAUGCCUGGGCGAGCAUACCUCGUGGCCUGUGGGCGGCAAAGGUCAAGCGUUCACUUCAGCGCUCAGGGAAGCAGCAGAAUCAUGGUGCAACUCCCGCAGCGAUUGCCACGGCUUCAUGCACUACGAUAUCUCCGUCAGCUACUCUGUGAGCCCAAGCUACUGCUGCCACUCGGGCGCGUGCAAUGACUGGUGCGGGAGGCCGCAGUUCUGUAUGACAGCCACGGAAGCGAGCCAGGUUACGCCAAAUAAUGGCUGGGUGUCGUACUUGAAGCCAGGCUUGACGGAGGCUCCGACUCCGUCCCCCACGCCGUCCCCCACGCCGUCCCCCACGCCGUCCCCCACGCCGUCCCCCACGCCGUCCCCCACGCCGUCCCCCACGCCGUCCUCCCCGAGCGGCGCGGCGGCUGCUGUUGGUGAUCCCCACCUUCAAAAUAUCUACGGCGAGCGGUAUGACUUGAUGAAGGUCGGCCAGCACGUGUUGAUACAGGUCCCUCGCGGGCAGGGCCCUGAGCACGCGCUGCUUCGCGUGGUGGCCGAGGCGCGCCGGUUGGGCGAACACUGUGCGGAUAUCUACUUCCAGAAGAUAAACAUCACAGGGUCUUGGGCGCUGGCAAGCAGGAGAGGAGGGUACCAGUACGUGUCGGGCACUGUCGCUGACGAGACUCCAGAAUGGCUUACUCUCGGUAAGGUAAUGGUGAAAGUCGUGCAUGGACGCACGCAAAGUGGCACUGACUACUUGAACAUUUACGCCAAACAUCUGGGGCGAGCAGGGCGUCCUGUGGGAGGCCUGCUCGGGGGGGACGACCACAGCGACGAAGCCACGCCUCCGGCGGAAUGUGAGCAUCUUAUUGGUCUUCGUUCCGAGGCCCGUGGCGUGUCUAUCCAGAGUUCGUCCACACCAUCGAUAGGGUUCGCAACGCUCGCUUGAUCAUGGUCCCUGAAAAUGAUACGAAGGUGGCGUAGGAGGUCCGCUACAGGUUUACGCCGGAUCCGCCAGCCUCUUGAAUUAGGUUGUUUGUGGUUCCGUUUUCUGUGGGUUGCUUG